CUAGGACGGCUCGAUGGGGAGCGGGCGUGGGGCCAGCGAGGGUGCAGAGCAUCCCGGGCUGGGUGAGGGCUUCCCCAGGCCUGGCACGGCAUGGGCCCCCACUGAGGGCAUCGUGAUCCUCCCGCAGCCCGACGGCACCAGCGCACCGCUGGAGAUCGUGCUGCUGGUCAAGGUUUCCACCGGCUUCCCCGGUGUAGUGCAGCUGCUGGAGUGGCUCGAGCUCCCCAACUACAUUGUGAUGGUGCUGGAGCGGCCAGAGCGGUGUCAGGACCUGCGGCAUUUCAUUCGGGCACGGCGGUUCCUGUCCGAGGAGGUGGCGCGGGAGCUGUUCCGCCAGGUGCUGGAGGCCGUGCGGCACUGCACCAGCUGCGGGGUCCUGCGCCGCGGCAUCAAACCAGAGAACAUCCUGGUUGACCUGGCCACCGGGCAGGCCAAACUGAUUGACUUUGGCUGUGGCACCUUACUGCAAGACACAGCCUACACGCACUUUGCAGGAACACGGUCAUACAGCCCCCCGGAAUGGAACCACUAUGUCUGGUACCACGGCGGGGCAGCAACGAUCUGGUCCCUGGGCAUCCUGCUGCACCAGAUGGUCUGCGGGGAGCACCCUUUCAGGAGGGGCUGGAACAUCUGCUGGGGCCAGCUCUCGCUGCCACAAGGGCUCUCUCAAGAGUGCAAAGAUCUGAUCAGGUGGUGUUUAUCCUUGCAUUUCUUGGACAGACCCACAUUAGAAGACCUGUUCUGUGAUCCUUGGGUGCAGGAUAUUCCUCUGCCAUAGAAGAAGGGAGAGAGCCCCAGGCACACUUUGAUCCAGGGCCCUGCUGGGGCCCUGGGCAGAGCCCUGAGAGCCUGGUCUCACUGCUGGGAAGGAGAAGGAGCCCCUGGAGAAGCUGUACCAGGUGGGGAUGCUGCUGCUGCUGCUGCUGGAGACAGCGAGGAUGACAUCAAGGAUGAUAAGCUCUUCCUCAACCUGGCCACCGAUGGCUGAAGAGGAAGCAUUCUGGGUGGUCCAAUGUUGAUGGGGAAGUGCUUGGGAGCAGCUGUGGCGUGGAUGGGCCGUGCCCUUGGAGAAGGCUGAGGACAUGGUUUGGGAGCAGCUUUUCUUCCAGCCGUGGAUGGCGUGAGAAGUGCCACGAGUGGGCCAAAGCUGGCGAGUGGGCCGUGUUCCUGAGGCAGUGCAGUCUGGAGCUGAUGGAUGGAGAAUUGCCCUUCUGCACUUCCCAACCAGGGCAAAAAGCCGAAUGUCCUUUGCUGCUGGUUCCCGUGUGGAGCAGCUCCCUUCCUGCUGGCUGAGCUGCUCAGGCAGAGCCCGGCAGCUCCUGGCCCUGCAGGGCUGAGGCUUUUCCCCGUUGCUGGGCACAGACUGAUGGAGCAGCACUGCUGAACACAGGCACACCCAGAGGGACCAGCAGCAGCUGCCUUUGGCCACCUGAAGCUCCAAGGGCCAAACUGUGAGCAGGCAGGGCUGGAAAUAACUGGCAGGCUCCCUGCUGGCUGUACUGCCCCACUUGUGCCCGGCCCAGCUUUGCUUGGGGCGGAGGGAGAACAAGGGGCAGCUCCCAGCCCAGGGACCCCUCCAGCCCCAGGGCUUGGGGCACUGUCAGCACCUGCUGCUCCAGCCAGGGCUUCUGCUGGCCCUGACAGCAACAGCCAAACGGGGGCUGAUCCCGAGGGAGCAGCAGCAGGGCCUAGAUCUGAUCCCUGACUCUGGGCCAGGGCUGCACAAAGGACCCCACAGCAGCAGCAGCAGCAGCAGCAGAUGGAGCUGACUUUCAGCACAGCCCCUGCCCCUCUUCCCUCCCGUGUGCAGUGGUGUCACAGCAGCCUGAGGCACCUGGGAGCCCCCAGUGCCAGCAGGGACUUGAGAUGGCAGCCCUGGGCUCCUGGAGGUUGUGCAGGAAACGGAGCUGGGGACUCCCUGUCCUCGUGGAGCUUCCAGAUGGAAAAGGCUGCAGUGCCCAGGCAGCUCCAAGGGCACAGAAAGGAGGGUCUCGAGCACUGGAUCUGUGCCAGUGCCACAGUCCUGGGCAGCAGCCAGCGAGCCCUGGGGGAACAGAAGGCACAGCAAGAGGGACAGAACCAGGCAAGGACAGAGACUGGCCAGGCCCUGGAGCAGGAACAGCUGCUCCAUUGCACUAUUGGAGAAAGCUCUUGGCUGGUUCAGAGCGCUGAAAGGCGUGAAGGGCAGAGAGGAGGCCACAGCAAACAAUGCUCCUGUUUGCACAGCCUCCCCUCUCUGUGUCCCAGAAGGAAUUGGAUGGACUGUGUUCAUCUCUCCGAGUCGUCUCGUUCAGCAUGAGCAGCUCAGCACCAGCAGCUGAAGGAGCUGAAGCCUCAGGCCACAGGAGCUGGGCAAGAGGGAACUUUUUUUGCAAAAUAAUGCUGCUAAAAUAGACCCAGCUAAAUGCAGCGGAUAUAACCAUGGAAUCCCAGAAUCCUUUCAGUUGGAAAAGACCUCUGAGCUCACCAGUGCAGUCGGUCACCCAGCAGUGCCCAGCCCAGCACUGAACCACGUCCCUGAAGUGCCAAGGCCUGGACAACAGCCCUGAGGGAGGCCUGGACAGCAGGCCCUGAGCCAAAGGUGCCUCUGGAUGAACCUUCCACCCAAAGGUUAUCUUUGGAUCUGCUCCCUAAUGAAAUGUGCAUGGUCAUUAGCACUGGGAUAGAUGUAGGCACUCCUUAGUGAAACAUGUAUUGACCUUUGUGUGUUUAGAAGCCAGACAAGGCCAUGAAAUCUGACAUGUGGCCUUGUUUGGGGCUGAAGGAUCAAAGUCACCUCCCUUGGUUCCUCCUGGGGCCCUGGCCAGGCUUUGGGAGGGAGCCAAGAGGAGCACGAAACCAGAUGUUCCCCACUAGAAGUGCUGUCAGUUUGUUCAUUCAGCACUGUCAGAGCUGGGCCCUCUCCCAGCGGGGUUGGAGCCUCACCUGUGGCUGGAGGCACCUGCAGGAAUUCCCAGUGCCCAGGAGUGGCUCUGCAGCCCUUGGCUGUGACAGCUUCCCCCAGCUGCUGUGUGGAUCUGGGGGAUGGAAAAGGCUGAGGGGAAAUGCUGCUGGAUCUUUGUUAAUCACUGCAGGCAAUCUUGGGUGGGGAUGAUUGGGUGCAUUGCUGAGCUGCUCCUUUUGUGAUUCGUUGCUGCUUUGAGCUGCAGUAAAUGAGACUGAUUCCUUGAGUUGGAAUCUGUGUCCUUGGUGCUGACUCUGCCCACUGGUAAAACGGAACUGGCACGGUCUGGCCAGAUGACAACAAAAUGUCACUUGUUCAGUGUAAAUGUGAGGAAUCAGUGCCAUCAGAAAUUCCGAGAUAGGAAGCCCUUCCCUGGAGUUCCCUGGAUGCCUUCAAAUGCAACCAAAAAUUGCAAAUGGAAAAGGAAAAGAACUUGUGGGUUUGGGCAGACAAAGAUGGAUUUUUUAAGAGUACAUUGGAAAUAGCACCUUCAGAAGGAGCAAUUAUUGUUGGAAAUCUUCCACAUGGAGCAACAGAAGGUUUUAAUCUUCAGCUCAGAUGCAUUUG